UCGGCUCAGCUGAUGGCUCCCAUCUCUAAUAAAGCAAAAGUAAAUUCCGCAGAGAGCAGAAGUUUAGUGCGAAAAUGAUUUAAAACGGGAAGGAGCGUACUAAAUUUACACACGCCCACGACCAGAAUGUUCAAACGCACUUUUAAGGUGGUCUAUCGGCCCAUCAGGAGCAACUUUGUGCUGCUGCCGGAUCAGUACUACGGCGUCGUUUCGACCUAUGACACGGGCUGCCUGAGCUUGCAGUACAAUGGUCGGACGCACUACGCCUCCUGGGCGCCACAAAAGGGCGGCGGCGGCAUCAAAGACACCGAGAUUGGGAUCAAUGCCAGAGCGGCCAAGGAGAUCGGUCUGCACGAGAAUGAUCUGGUCAAGUGUGCGCUCAUCGCUGACGUUCUCAACCUGCGCAGCGUCCACGUUACCCCCGUCUCGUCCAAGGACUGGGAGAUCAUUGAACUUAGCACUGAAAAGAUAUCGGGCAGUGUGCUGGAACAAACUCGCAUAGUGAAUUCAACCCAGAUCCUUAUUGUUUGGAUUAAUAAGUCGAUGCAAGUGGCGCUGACAGUGGAUCGUCUGAAGCCGCACAUGAACUACGGGAGAAUAGAUCACAAUACGGAACUCGUGGUGGCGCCCAAUCUGUACAAGGGUCUGACCAAUGGAACUUCAAAUGGUGUUAUAGAGGAGAACGCUAAACUCUCUAGGAGUAAAACUACUGCCCAGGUCAAUGAUGAGCUGACUGAAAAGCCAACGCCGUUGACCCAUUCCUCUACGGUGUCCAAUGUGAAAAAUACUAUUCAGCGUAACAAGCGCCAGGAUCGCAUGGAGCGUCUUAAGAAGGAUCUGCGCCGCGAAAGCUCGCGCAGCUUCGAAUUCCGUGUGAUUCGAGGUCUAUGGCGGGAGCAGGCCCAGGAGUCGGAUGUCUUUGUGAACGGAAAGCAUCUACCUGAGUUCUUUGACCUGGAUCUAUUCUAUUGCAUGCAUACCGCAGGCGACAAGGAUUACUAUGUGAGAGUGCGCACAGUAGAAGACGAUAUUCAGGACGAUCUACCAGAAACCAUUCAUCCAUCGAUCGAACUAAAUGCCAAUCUUAUGAAGUUGCUGGGUAUCAAGGAAUUGGAACGAGUCGUUCUAAAGCCUAAAACUACCGUAGUAAACUUUGUAGAAAAAAUUGAGCUAUUUGCCAACAAGAAGACGCACUACAAAAUCAUGGAGAAUGCAUUUAAGCGGUUUGUAAUAGAGAGAACUCAGCACAAGCCGAUGCUCUUCAACCAGGAGGAGGUGGUACGGCUGGAGGACGACUUACUGGUUACUGUUGGAAUUUUACCAGAACACUUUCGUUAUUGCGUGGUGGACGCGCAGUUUCUGAAGGAGUCUAAGAUCUACGCAGCAGAUCUGGUGCGUCCGGUUGGCGACAUUAUUAAGGAGGAGACGCCUCCGACAUCGCCACUAAGUGUUCAGGAUCUCAUCCAGUUACCGGAGUACGAUAAGAUUGUGGAUCAGGUAGUUCAGGAAUUGCGAAUGAAUCUGUGCCUCAGUGCUGACAAUUCCGUCAUGCGUCAAUGCAAUGUCCUGCUCGCCGGUGCCUCGGGAACGGGUAAAACCGUUCUUGUGGAGCGCAUUCUGGACCAGCUGUCACGCAAGCCGGAUUAUUGUUACUUCGAGUUCUUCCACGGCUCGCGAAGCAAAGGCCGCAAGACGGAGUCCAUCCAAAAAGACCUUCGCAACAUUUUUACCAGCUGUCUGCAGCAUGCCCCCGCCAUUGUUGUGCUAGAAAACUUGGAUGUGCUGGCCCAUGCUGCUGGAGAGCAGUCCAGUCAGGAUGGAGAGUACUACAAUCGCAUGGCGGACACUGUGUAUCAGUUGAUUGUUCAGUAUACCACGAACAACGCUAUUGCAGUAAUCGCCACCGUCAACGAGUUGCAGACCCUAAACAAGCGAUUGAGCUCACCAAGGGGAAGACAUGUUUUCCAAACUGUUGCUCGUCUGCCCAGUUUGGAACGAGCGGAUCGAGAGAUAAUCCUUCGAGAGCUGUGCAGCCAUAUCAAUGUAGCCAAGGACCUGGAUCUUGUUAAGUUCUCCAACCUCACGGAGGGCUACCGAAAAUGUGAUCUUGUCCAGUUCGUGGAGCGUGCAAUAUUUUAUGCUUAUCGCAUAAGCAAGACCCAGCCUCUUUUGACCAAUGAUCAGCUUAUUGAGUCCUUGGAGCACACAAACUCGUACUGCCUGCAGGGCAUUCAGAGUAAUCAAAAGACUGGCAGUGAUGCGGAAGCCAAUGAAAUGCGCGUCGAGGAGUUGCCUGGCCUGGAGUCAGUUGUGGGAGUUCUAGAGGAGGUUCUUAUGUGGCCAUCAAGGUAUCCAACCAUUUUUAACGCCUCUCCACUGCGAAAUCAGGCCGGAGUACUUCUAUAUGGGCCACCAGGAACAGGUAAGACUUAUCUGGUCUCUCAGUUGGCCACAUCGUGGAACCUGCGCAUCAUUUCCGUCAAGGGUCCUGAGUUGCUUGCCAAAUACAUUGGUCAAAGCGAGGAAAAUGUUCGAAACCUGUUCAAUCGAGCUCGCAGUGCCCGACCAUGUGUGCUUUUCUUCGACGAGUUCGACAGCUUGGCGCCGAAGCGUGGUCACGAUUCCACGGGGGUCACCGAUCGAGUGGUAAAUCAGUUGCUCACAGAACUGGAUGGCGUUGAAGGACUGCAGGGAGUUACCGUGAUAGCAGCUACCUCCAGACCGGAACUGCUGGAUCCCGCGCUCCUUCGAUCCGGUCGCAUUGAUCGCUUGGUGGAGUGUCCUUUGCCGGAUGCUCCGGCCAGAGUUCGUAUAUUUGAAGCACUCAGUUCAACCCUAAGCCUGGAUGAGUGCGUGGACUUCGAUUGGUUUGCGGGAAAAACUCCAAACUACACUGGCGCCGAUAUCCAGAGCAUCCUGACUUCGGCGAACAUGGCGGCGGUUAAGGAGGCGCUAGCUCAAUUCGGACACGAGAAACUACCAAAGAAAAUCUCGUUGAAGCAGAAGCACCUGAUUGAGUCGUUCCAAACGACUCGUCCUUCGCUCAGCGCCUCCGAUGUGGCCAAAUAUCACAAAACGUAUGCUCGCUUUACCAACAAGGAGAAGACUUCUAGGGAGUUCGUAGCCAAGCGUGCGACCUUGGCUUAAAGACAAAGACUUAUAAGCUUAGCAUUAUUAUUAUUUUAAAUUGUAUUUUGCAUACUUGUACAUUUGGAAUAUUUUGUUGGAAGACGCAAGUCUUGGUUAGUAUAUAAUUCAUAAUUCUUCUUGUUGAAAAAUAAAAACCGAAUUUCUUUUAA